GGGGACUCUCCAGACCGGAAGCACAUGGGGACAACUGGAAGGGAUUGGUUUCAAGGAGAAAUGUUUAUUAAAAUCCUCAAGGAUGUUUAGAUUCUCUGCUGUAAGGAUGAUGUAUGCACUCCAUUCUGCAGAAUCUUGAGGGAAGCUAGAAGGACUUUGCAAAACAUGGCCUGGCCUUGGUUUUUACCGCUUCAGCAUUCCCGGACAUACCUUCCCAUGAGACUUUGCUCUUCCCUGUGUUCAUACCUGGCCCCAUUCAGACAUUUGAGCACUUUUAUGAGGAGUAGCCCUGUGAGAGCUGUGUCUCCUCGAAAUGUGACUCACCCCAGGAAUUUACUGUUUUGGAAUCAUGGAUGGACGGGUUUACCCAGGAUGGUCAGCAACGGCCAGAGCUGCGACACGGAAGACAGGCAGAUUCCAGCCUCACCCGGCCAGGACUCAUCAGUUCCCUCAUCUGGGAAUGAAACUGACUUGGAAGGAUUUGGAGAAAGGGGCAGAAUCUACUCUUCCAGGAGAUUUUUCCGCAAAAGCUCUCCAGAGCUGCAGGAUUCCAGACACCGUGACACCGAGGAUCAGGAUGAGGAGGAGACUGAACGUCUUGAAGUGAGACGCAAGCCACGCCGAAGGAACACGACGUACUGGUACUUUCUGCAGUGCAAGAAACUCAUCAAGGAAGAUAAGUUGGCUGAGGCACUGCACAUGUUUGAGACUCAAAUGGUUAAAGAGGAGCGGCUGAUCCCAGAGGAGUACAAUUACACAGUGCUAAUAGGGGGCUGUGGACGAGUGGGCUACUUGAAAAAAGCCUUUCAGCUCUACAACGACAUGAAGAAGAGAGCUGUGACUCCUUCUGAAGCCACCUACACUGCUCUGUUCAAUGCUUGUGCAGAAACACCAUGGAAGGAGUCUGGUCUACAGUUUGCCACAAAGCUCCGGGAAGAGUUAACCAGCAAGAAUAUCCAUCUUAACCUGAUUGCAUACCACGCCAUGUUGAAGGCAUUCGCUGUCUGCUCAGAUCUAAAGGCCUGUUUUGAUGUGCUUCGGGAAAUAGUUCAUAGUGGUCAUAAGAUGAACGUGGAAACAUUCAGCACUUUAAUGAUUGGUUGCAUCAAGGACACGGAAAAUGGUUUUAGAUAUUUGCUACAGAUUUGGCGAGAGAUGUUAAAACUGGGCGUGAAGCCCGAUGUCAAGAGCUACAACUUGCUGCUGCGAGCCACGAGGGACUGUGGUCUUGGGGACCCAGCGGUGGCCUCACGGUUGCUGUUGGCAGAUGAGGGUGAAGUCUGGCAGCUGAACCAGCGUGGAAGAUUUCGGAGAGUCAAAGGCCGAAAGGAGGCGAGAAGCAGCAAAAACACGACGACUCUGGUGGUUGGUUUAUUGGAAGAGCAGCUAUUUGGACUGGCUUCUGACCAACCAGCCAGCUACAGAGUCUCUGAACCAAAGGCUGAGCUCAGUGACGAAACUUUACCAAAACUGAUGGAAACACAAAAUCUACUGUCCGGUGAUGGGCAAGAGAAAGCGCUAGUGUCACAAGGAGUGCACUCUGUGGAACUAGUUCCCAGAAACCAAAUACUUCCAAUUGAUUCAGACUCCAGCGAGCUUCCUGAAACUGCGCAUCUACCUAACCUACUCGAUGUUCAGGUCGACAAGAAGAAUAUCGUUUCCUUAGGAACGGUAGCUACACCACCUGACAGACUGGCACUGAUUGGAUAUCUGAGUGGCAUUCUAAAUAAGAUGAAGGAAGAUAGUGUGUCUCCAGACAUUAAAACCUUCACACUUUUGGCUGAAGUGGUGGAACCAAACAGCCAAUCCGAGUCUUCCUUGUUAGCCCUCAUGGAAGAGCAAGGUGUGAGGCCAGACAUUUCAUUUUUUAACACCUUCAUUCGAAAAAAGAGCAAGCUGGGUGACCUGGAGGGAGCUAAGGACAUCUUGAAGAGCAGCAGAGCCAAAAUGCAACUAUGUUGUUGAAGUGUAGACGCCACUUUAAUGUGGGGAACCUGGCAGCCAGUUUGUGUGCAGCAAGUUGCCGUGAACAGCAUUAUCUUUGAUAUCUUUUGACGAAGGGAUAAGUAUCGGCUGAGAUGACUCCUCUGCAUUUCCAUCCAAAACGGGAUCUUUUAUGAGAAAACAAAUAAUCAGAACGUCUCAUCAAAAGACAGCAUCUCUGACAGUGUAGCAGUCCCCUUUACUGCAGGGGAGUGUCAUUUAUUUCCUUUAUUCAUUAACGGGAUGAGGGCGUUGCUGGGCAGCAUUUAUCACCCAUCCCUAAUUGCCCAGACUCAACCACUUUGCUGUGG